CCUGCUAGAAAAGAAUCGGAUCGGACCUGGUUAAUGGUUACUGGUUUCUGGUUAGUGUGGCACCAAUCGAAUGGCUAUCGCCCGGAUGGGCGAAAGGAUAGACGUAUGGAUCUGUGGAAUGCUGAGAAUGUGCCAAUAUGCCAGUGCCGCGUUUGUGGGAGUGGGAGUGUGAGUGAGUGGGUGUGAGACAGUGUCCUUGGGCGGACUAACAGGUUCCCCGUCUUCCCAAGUGUUAAAGUGCGGCCAAAAGUGUUUCCAAAAAAUACGAUAAAAAGUUUUAAAUCUGCUGCCACCUCCGAUUUAAGUCGAAAGUUUGCCUAAAGGAUUAAAAACACCCACUUGGACUUGUCAUAGCCAAAGGACAAACGAGGCGCCGAGGGCCAGAAGUGAAAAAGGACUAUGGAAGGGGAAGAUAGGCAAAGCUAAAACCAUAAACCCAAAGCCACCAAAUGCAAGUGCAGAACAAACUCAGCUGUGAGUGCUGAAGAACCAAGAGAAGGAGGACGUGCAACCUGCGCCCGAGUCUAAUUAAAAAGUAUCGCUCUGAGGCUGCAGAUUGCUCAUACGCCGUGUGGAACGCGAGUGCCUGAGUGUCCGUACAAGUGUGUGUCAGCUUUUGGUCCGCAUCUAAAGUUUACAACUCGUGAAAGCCAAUCGAGUGGUGUCGAAGUUUUUGUUCGAUUUGCUGGCGGGCCGUCAAAGAAUUAGUUUGGCAUGCGGCUGCUGUUGCCACAACUGUUGCAUGCAACAUGGAUGGCGAAAAUCGGAUAAUACUCAAUGUGGGCGGAAUUAGAUAUGAAACCUACAAGGCCACGCUCAAGAAAAUCCCCGCAACACGUCUCUCCCGACUGACUGAAGCCCUGGCCAACUACGAUCCGGUACUCAAUGAAUACUUCUUUGAUCGCCAUCCCGGGGUCUUCACCCAAAUCCUCAACUAUUACAGAACUGGAAAACUACACUAUCCAACUGACGUGUGUGGCCCGCUUUUCGAAGAGGAGCUGGAAUUCUGGGGACUCGACUCUAACCAGGUAGAACCUUGCUGUUGGUCAACCUAUAGCAUACAUCGCGAUACGCAAAACACCUUAGCCAUAUUAGAUAAGCUAGAUAUUGAAAAUGAGAAGCCCACGGAGGAGCAGAUAGCUCGUCUAUUUGGCUUUGAGGAGGCACUCAGCAACGGCGAGCUUAACUGCUGGCAGCGUCUGAAACCCAAGAUCUGGGCCAUGUUCGAUGAGCCCUCCAGCUCCACGGGCGCCAAGAUCGUUGCUGGCAUGUCGGUUUUCUUUAUAUUUGUUUCUGUGAUAUCAUUCUGCCUGAAGACCCACCCCGGCUUUCGCGUGGACCUGCCCUCCGGCCCCGACGACGCCCACGGCCCAGGGUCGGGCGGACCGCCCCACGGUCACGAUCCCUUGGGUGAACCGCCGCAGACCCAUCAAUAUCAUCAGCACAGCAUCACGCCGCCCAGCGGCAGCAUCGGACCCACCUUUCGUGUCACGAACUACACGAGCUACAGCAGCGGCAACUUCACCGCCCCCGGCCAGGCCACGCCCAUCGCUACCAUCAAGGGCGGCCAGCGGCAGCGACUGAAACGGAAUAUAAACGGGAGCAGCCUAAACGAGUUCAUCGAGGAGAAGUUGCUGGGCCACAGUGGGAAAAGGAAGCACGGAUGGAUCGAGACCUACGGCCAGCCCCAUGAGGCCUUCUUCUACGUGGAGCUGGUCUGCAACGUCUGGUUCUUCAUCGAAGUCGUAAUCAGGCUGAUUGUCUCCCCCAAUUUGUGGCAGUUCAUCAAGUCGCCCGUCAAUAUCAUAGACUUUACUGCCACCCUGAGCUUCUACACGGACGUAAUGCAGCGCAUGGGCGAAUACACAGGACUCCUGGAGGCUUUUUCUAUCGUCAGGAUAAUGCGGCUGUUCAAGCUGACACGCCACUCGCCAGGUUUAAGGAUCCUCAUCCAUACUUUCAAGGCCUCGGCCAAGGAGCUGACUCUGCUGGUCUUCUUCCUCGUCUUGGGCAUUGUCUUCUUUGCCAGUCUGGCAUACUAUGCGGAGAAGUUGCAGGACAAUCCGGACAACCAGUUCAAGAGUAUUCCCUUGGGUCUGUGGUGGGCGAUUGUGACCAUGACCACGGUGGGAUAUGGCGAUGUGGCGCCUAAGACCUAUCCAGGAAUGUUCGUGGGCGCCCUGUGUGCGUUGGCCGGUGUGCUGACCAUCGCAUUACCCGUUCCCGUCAUCGUUAGCAACUUCUCCAUGUUCUACUCCCACACUCAGGCUCGCUCCAAGCUGCCCAAGAAACGACGACGAGUCCUGCCCGUGGAGCAGCCGCGUCGCAAGAGGGAGCCAACUGCUCCGCAUCGCGGAAGGACGAAUGCCAUUAAACAGACGCCACCCACAGGGCCAGGAUUGGUGGCCGGGGGCGUUGGUCCAGCGGGAGCAGGAGGGGGAGGACUCGGUGGCCAUGCCGUGGGUCACCCCGCUGUAGGGGCGCCCAUGCUCAAGGAUGCAUUCGGCGGUGCCAAGAUUGGCAGCGUGAACGUGAACGGCGUCAAUGUCAUUGGCCUGCAUCCUGCGCAAAGGACGACGACGUCGAUGACGAAUAUGGCAGAUCCGACGGCGAUGUCGGCAAUGACCUACCAAGUGCCUAUGCUCCAGCCCCCGCCCGCCCACAGUCAUGGCCACGCCCAUGGCCACGCCCACGUCCACGCCCACAGCCUUGGCACCGCGUCGGCGGCGAUGACGUCACCGGCAUCGCUUACAGGCUCAGCUGCCUCGGCAGCCGUUGCCACAGCCGCCGGUCCCUCCUUCGUCAGUUCGGACUACUUGAGCGUGCCGGCGGUGCAGAGCCUUCAGCCGCGGGCGGCGACGACUGGCCACGACUUCAUGCUGCCGCUCCAGCCGAAACUUCUGGGCCCCCUGGAACGCAAGGAUCAGCAUCCGCUGCAGCUGACCGCCCACAAUUUGGCCUCGGAUACGCACCAGCUGAUGUACUCGGGCCACGCCCACCCCCACCCCCAUAAGGCGGGAGGCGGGGCAACGGUACUGAGUGUGCCGCCCACAUUGAGCAUGUCGCAUACACAGAUGCCGCCGGGAAUGGCCAGCAUGGGUCAGCGCACGCCCAAUCUCAGUUUCCGAGCCGCCCACGGAGGAGCAUCUCAGGUGGCCACGAUUCAGCAGCCCAUUCCGAAUGUCCACGCCUGCCACGCCGGCACCGCGAAUUGCAACAUCAAGAUUUCGGUGCCCCCGGGCGGAGUCUCUAUGGGAUGCCAAGACGAGUUUCGGGCUCCCAAGGUGACGCUGCUGGACGAUCUCAGUGACGAGGUGAACUCCUCGACGGACGAGUGCGGGGACUGCUGUCUGGUGGAAGACAGUGAUACCUACGAGGGCGCCACCAUCAACAAUGGCCAGAGUGGCCAGGAGAACGGAGCGGAAGUCAUCGAGCUGGAUGACGGUCUGCUCGACGGCGAAGAUGACGAGGACGAGGACGGCGAGGGAAGCGGCUUGGGCGGGGACAGUGGCGAUAGUCUCGGUGGAAUCUACAUAGGUCCCAGGCACUGAUUGCCCGACAUAAACUGGGAUUUUCCUCACCAAAGCGGAUUUACCAACUUCUGACAGGACUGCCUAUCACUGCAUCGCCAAACUGCAAUUCGGUGAAAGUAAGGAGAAGGAUAAAGGUAUUAGGAUUUCGAGAUCAUGUGUAAAGUGAAUGAAUUGUUAAAUGCAGUGUGCUACUCUAACCAAAAUGCUGAAUGGAAAUUCAACUGUUUAAAGGUGUGCUAAACGAAAUUUAUGUGAGAAAUGGAUCCUAAGGAGUUUAAAAACCAAGGUCAAUCAUACUCAAACUUUGCUCAGUUCUACUGCCAUUGGUCAUUCAAAUAUUAAGUAAAUUUUAAGCUGAUUUAAAAGAAAGAUGUCUGAAUAAUUUCCCAGCUUGCAGCCAAUAGUUUAAAUCAAUCUUAAUUUAGAAUUCUACAAUUUCAACUCCUUAAUCUUCUGAAUAUGUAAAUAAAAUGUAAGGACUAGCAGUGUUACUAACUUGUUUAGUCCAAGUAUAGGUAAAUACUUAAAAUUAAGCUUGAUUGCUCAACGGCAAAAAAAAUUCGAGAAACUGAAAUAGCUAAGUGUUCCCAAACUUUCAGAAAACUAAACCAAUUAAAACUGUCAUGUGCUCGAAUGUUAAACAGAAGCAAUGAAUUUAAUGCUUUCUCUAUCGUAAAGAGGAGAGAAAUUAAAGCUUUCACGGCAAGAUGGGCUAUUAAUAGUUUCCAAAACUAAGAUAGUGCUGAUAAAACUAUAGUUAGUCCCAAGAUCACUGCCUUUUCAUCUGAAAACUUUUCAAACUUAAGCUCGAAGGCACUGCGGUUGUUUUCCAUUAAUUUUUAAGACGGGACAUUCCACAUGUCUGGGUCAUUUAUCAGUAGUUUUAACCAAUCUUUGCUCUCUACUCAAAGGACAUUCCUGGUCUGACCAAGACAAACAUCCGUAACAUUUGUAUCAGUGUCCCUAUAACUGUCAUGUUGACAACUGUCAUUGGCAGCGUUUGUCUGUGUGUGCGUGUGUGUGGGGAGAGGGGCUUUCAUGCAGCCGAGCACGUCCUGACAGAGUCCUGCAAACAAAGAGAAACGGAGAUAGAGGAGCUGCCCGCAUACAAGGCAAACAUAUCGUCCAUAUAAAUGUGACCACUUGUGUGCAGCCAGCCAGCGAUAUAGCACCACCCACUCGACUCGUCAAGGUGCUUAUUGUGCAAAUCUUGGGACAAAAAUUGCAUGGGCCAACUAUAAAUUCCCACACUUGACUCCCACACGCUCCGUUUCCCGGCUAAGACCCUGAAUCAUGGCCAAAAGUGUCACUGGUCUUGUUUAUCUGACACAUUGACUGCCACCAUUUCAAUGAACUGCGAGCAAAAACUGUGUCGACAAGACGCACACAAAGGGCGACGACAGCCCAAAACUAAAACGGCGACGACAUUCUUGUCCUUGGGAGGACACCAAUCCACCCCCCUCCCAAUCCACCCACUUCCUUUCAUUCUGGCGGCUUGUGUGGUUGACCUUAUAAAUACUAUUUUUGGGGUCGCUGUUACGAGGCGAAUGUGUUAAGUUUUCAUUCUUCGACAUUUAUUCCCAUAAAUGUUAAUUGAUUUAUUCAUAGAAGCUGGAAAAGAGAAAAGUAAAACGCAUGGAACUGUAAAUAUUUGAGUAUGACGGUCAAGGACUAACCAAAUGAAAAUUAAACUGAACAUAAAAGAAGACAGUAGAAGACAUAUUUGACUUUAAAUAAGGUUCAAUGGUAAUUUUUGGUCCAAUAUUUAUAGUUUUUGAUGUGCUACAAAUGAUUAACAAAAAGCGGAAAAAUUUUGAUUCAGAUAUGUAAGGGAAGAUUAAAAAGUUAACGACUAUUUAAGCAAAAGCUCGUUGUAAGUAAUUGUGAAAAAUAGUUGAGCGCAUAAACUUAAUUAGAUAUCAUGCCCAAACAUUGUGGUGAGGGAAGUGAUUCCAAUUAGUCAGUAUAAUCAAAUCCGUUGGUCUGAAUGUGCGUCGUUUUAAAUUUACUCUUUAUUACUUAGCUAAUCUCUGAUUAAAAUGUUAAAUAAUUGCCUAAUUGUUGUGUAAGGGUACCCUGGAUUCGGCCUGCCGACUACAACGUUUUUUCUCGUUUAAAUUAGAAUCUUUACUUUUAAAUGUAUAAGGAAAUGUUGCUUUAAAUACUGUUCAAUUUAGAAAAAGAAACACAUGUUUUUCCGUAUUACAAGCCCAAAAUUCGAAAAUAUGAAAAAUAUAAGUAAAUUAUAUAAAUAUUUAUUGUUAAUUCAUAAACAAACUUUUUAACUAAAGGUAAAAUUUAAAUAAUUUUACAUAAUCUUAAUUGAAAAUGGAAAUGAAUCUUUUGAUAUAAGAGAUGCUGCCGCAAACCAGUGCUCAUUGAAAUAAAUAUUGUUUCAAUAGGAUUAUAGUUAGUUUAAAAAACACAAGUGAGAUACUAAACUAAUGUAAAACUUUUGCCUAGCAAAUAACUAAGUUUAGUCCGGUCAAUGCAGAAAAAUCCAUUGCAUUCUGUAAUCGAUACAAGAAAUAAAUCCUUUUGAAAGAAAUCACCCACCACAGACAGGAAACAAGACCCCGGCUGAACGUAAAUUACAAGAAUUUCGGAACUAUAAUCUCUGUGUACAUAGAUAAUCUCAAGAACAACCUAAAUUUCAUUAGUUAAAUGUGGAGAACAGUAAAGAAACAUUUCUACAAUAUUUAUUGUAAGUAAAGUGUCAAGAGCAGAAGAAAAACAAAAACUGUUUACAAACAAA